AUGGGAUCGUCGUUUCGCAUGAAGUCGGCUCAUCAGGCCGAUGUUAAGGGGAAAGGGAUUUUGUACGAUGAUGAUGAUGAUGUGCCAAUUAAAUUGGUGGAUCGCGAUGAUUCCUAUCUCAUCAAAGAGUUCGGCUUGUCUCUGAUCGGAAAGAUCCUUAACCAUCGAAAACAAACUGUGGAGAAGCUUCUCCAAACAAUGCCAGCUCAGUGGGGUUUGGCUGAUAAAAUAACGGCAAAUGAUCUAGGGAAUGGGAAGUUUUUGCUUAAUUUUACAACAGAAGAGGAUCUAAACUUUGUCCUACGACAGGGGCCUUUCCAUUACAAUUUUUGUAUGUUUGUACUUGUGCGCUGGGAACCUAUUGUUCACGAUGACUACCCAUGGAUCAUUCCAUUCUGGGUUCACCUGAUCGGAUUUCCGCUACACUUGUGGACUGACACGAACCUGAGGAACAUAGGAGGACGCAUUGGUCACAUAGAUACUCUAGAGCUAACUGAGGGCCGUAUGCUCAUCGAGGUAGACUCUCGCCGGCCCUUGAAGUUCUCACGAAAGGUGGAGUAUGAAGGUGACGAGGUUACAAUAGAGAUUAAGUAUGAUAAGCUGUUCAAGCAUUGUUCAAUCUGUGGAAUGAUGUCUCAUGAAAAGGGAUACUGCCCCUCCCUUGAUAUUAGAACAAGGAUCCAGCCAUCACUUCAGCGAUCAGGAGUAUUCUCGCGUGUGCAGCUCCCUCAGGAUCAGAUGUUACACUCGCAGUCCUCACAACAAUCUUCUCGUCAGUCUUUGCUGACGGGAAGGGAUCGAUAUGCCUCUUCGCAAGCCGCACGGUAUGUUUCAAGUGGGAACAAUUAUGACAGCAGGGGCUCUCAGUAUCGUGCAAGGGAGGAAGAUCAACGAGGACAUCACGGUGACAGGGUCAUGCGUCGCCGUAACGAGUACAAACAGAGAAAUAGAGAUGGUGGAACACGAUAUGGUCCUUAUGAACGGAGAACGGAGCAAGCUUGGAGGGUAAAGGCAAGGAAAGCUGAGGCAUUUGACGCUGUUCAAACUCGUCCUGAACACGCUGCAACAUCUCAGGAGAUUGUUCCUUAUGAACAGGUCUGUGAGCCGAGUACUGUCGACAACAAUGCUGGCGGGUCUAGCAGGAAAUUGGCGAGCACGAUUGUCACUCCAGUGCGUGAUCAUCAUAUGGUGGAGAAUGUAACUCUUCGGGACGGAGGAGAUGCUCGUUCUCUUACGUUCUCUCCAUUGAGAGAAACAGAAUCAUCGGGAGCUAAGGAUCAAAUCAUUGAGGCCUUACAUGACAUGGAGCUGUUGGAUCAACAAGAUGGAGGUAUGCUGGAUACGGAUGAUAAUGAGGAUGACCUUCUUGGCUUGGAUCUUAUGGAGAUGGAAGCAACUGGCGCUAGGGAGGACCCUUCGGAUGGGAAGGGACGGCCGUCUGGUACGAAGUCGACAAGAAACAGGAAACUGGGAGUCAAACGUAGUGCUCCAUUGGGCAUUCCCAGUCGGAAAUUUGAGAUCCUUCGUAGGGGAUCUCCAACUAAGCGAUCAUCGUCAGCUAAUGUGUCUCUGCGUGGACCAGAAAGCACAAGACGACACCACACAAGGAAGAUCAAAGAGAGUUCUUCAAAGUAUGAGGUUUUGAUGAGUUCCAAAAACUCAUCACACAAGCAUAAAUGA